UUUACAAGUUUUUCAGAAAAAACUUUUUAUUCUAUGUAUGAUUACUAAUAAAUUUAUCCAUUUCUCUAAUAAUUAUCAUGCAUUAUAUCAAAUUUUUUUCUCGAAACUCAAAACCGAACAAAGAUCCAUCUGAAGUUAGUUGAUGGAGGUGAAAUAAUACCAUUUUGGUUCCAUCAAUUUCCGUGUUAUUUGGCCACUCUUCUUCUAUCCUCCUCUGUUAAUGGACAUCACUCUACCAAUAUCCCUCCUCUCUUCAUGCAACCUUCCCUCUCCCCAACAUCCCAACGUCACAACAAACAGUCUCAAACAACGAAAACGAAAACAAAACCAGAAACGAAAACACUUUCUUCACAACACACAACCCCAGCUCCCAUUUCCGAAAUCAUCUCCAACUCCUCUCCUAACCAACCCAAAACCCCAUCCCCAGUCCAAACUCGACGCCCUCAACGCCGUCGUCGUCGAGCUCGAAUCAUCCGUCGAAAAGGGCAUACAACUUGACGCCCAAAUCUUCUCUUCAAUCUUAGAGACUUGUUUUCGGCUACAGGCAUUCGAUCACGGUUUCCGCAUCCGCCGCCUCAUACCCGAGAAGCUUUUGCGAAAAAACGCCGGCCUAUCAUCGAAGCUCCUUAAGCUGUACGCUUCUAGCGGGCAAAUCGAAGAUGCCCACCGUGUGUUUGAUAAAAUGCCUGAGCGAAACGCCUCCGCUUUUCCAUGGAAUUCGCUUAUCUCCGGGUAUGCUGAAAUGGGUCAGUACGAGGAUGCGCUGGCGCUUUACUUCCAAAUGGAGGAGGAAGGGGUCGAUCCGGACCAGUUCACUUAUCCUCGCGUGUUGAAAGCUUGUAGUGGAAUUGGGUCGAUCCGGGUUGGCGAAGAAGUUCAUCGUCAGAUAGUUCGUCAUGGGUUUUGGGCCAAUGGGUUUGUGCUCAAUGCUCUUGUUGACAUGUACUCGAAGUGUGGCGACAUUGUGAAGGCUCGAAGGGUAUUCGAUAAUAUUGGAAUGCGGGAUUUGGUUUCGUGGAAUUCGAUGCUUACGGGUUACAUUCAUCACGGGGUUUUGGAAGGAGCAUUGGAGAUUUUUCGCCUAAUGAUACGAGAUGGUUACAAACCUGACUCUGUUGGCAUAUCCACCAUCCUCGCUAGUUUGCCUUCAGUGAAACUUGGAGCUCAAGUUCAUGGAUGGAUACUCAGGCGAGGCAUUGAAUGGGAUCUGUCAAUUGCUAAUGCUUUGAUUGUUUUGUACUCUAAUCAUGGCAACUUGGAUAAAGCGCGUUGGUUGUUUGAGAAGAUGCCUAAAAUGGAUGUGGUAUCAUGGAAUUCAAUAAUUUCAGCUCACUCCAAGGACCCGAAAGCCCUUAUUUACUUCAGUAGGAUGGAGACCCUUGGUGCUUUGCCGGACAAUAUCACAUUUGUGUCUUUGCUAUCAGCUUGUGGUAAUAUGGGUUUGGUAAAAGAUGGUGAGAGGUUAUUUUCGCUGAUGCGAGAGAGGUAUGGGAUAAGUCCAGUCAUGGAACACUACGGUUGUAUGGUGAAUCUUUAUGGAAGAGCAGGGUUUAUUAACGAGGCUUAUGAAAUUGUGGUAAAUGGGAUGGAGUUUGAGGCUGGUCCAACUGUAUGGGGAGCAUUGCUAUAUGCUUGCUACGUUCAUGGUAAUGUAGAUAUUGGAGAGGUGGCUGCACAAAAUCUUUUUGAGUUGGAGCCAGAUAAUGAACAUAAUUUUGAGCUUUUGAUGGGGAUCUAUAGAAAUGCAGGGAGAUUGGAGGAUGUAGAGAGAGUGAGAAUUAUGAUGGUGGAAAGAGGAUUGGACUGAUAGACUCAAGUUGAACUGCGGUGUAUAUCCUAUAUCACAAUAUCCAUUUUCUCGGAAACAUUCACCUGUUCAAAAUGAGCAAGUUGGGUGAAGGUCAGGCCAUCACUAGGACUUGAGACUGCUGGCUCCAAUUAAAAGGUAAUAAUCUUACCACAGCUUAUUUGUGUUAAAUUGUGAAUAAGCGUAGAGCAUUCGUUAUGGAAUGGUACUUGCUAUUUUGAAUAUUGGAAACAUUAGUUUGCGAAGCUAUAUUGUUGUUGGUUUCCAAAAUGGAGGAUUCUUAAAUCA